AACAGGAAGUCCAGCUUGCCAAGUUCAGCACAGGGAGUAGUGCAGGCCUGGUUCCAACACACCCGGCCCAGCCUUAACCCCAGCACCCUGCCAGUUUCUUAUCCCUGGUUCUCCUCCCUGCUGGCCCCUAAACCCCUUUUUUUCAUCUCCAGUCACCCCUAACAAACCUCCUCAAAGAUCUCAUUCAUGCCUGAGUCAGAGUCUACCACACUCACCUUCUAAACCUCCUGCGGCCCAGCUUAUGCCCAUUCCCUGCUCCUGGCACCAUGCCCCAUAACCAACCGACCUUCCCUCCUCCAACUUAGGGGCCGCCCCCAGGCUCCUGAAUGCUGGCCGCUCCUUCUGGGUGUCACGGCUGCCCUGUCCUUCCUAGAUAAUGGCACAAAAUUCUCCUGAGGCUAGGGGGCAAGGGGUGUCAGAGUGACACUAGCUCUACCCUGGGGACCAGGGGUACUAACUGUACCCUAGCUUGAUUUCUUCCUAUUCUUAAGUUCCUUUUUAUUUUUCCCUUGCGUAACUCGCUCUUCCCUUCUGUGCCUUUGCCUGUAUUCCCACCCUCCCGGCUACCUCCUGGCCACCUCACUUCUGAGACCACAGCUGUUGGCAGGGUCCCUAGCUCAUGCCAGCCUCAUCUCCAGGCAACAUGGGGGGCUCCGUCAGAGAGCCAGCCCUUUCUGUUGCUCUUUGGUUGAGUUGGGGGGCGGUUCUGGGGGCUGUGACUUGUGCUGUAGCACUACUGAUCCAACAAACAGAGCUGCAAAGCCUAAGGCGUGAGGUGAGUCGGCUGCAGCGGAGUGGAGGACAUUCCCAGAAGCGGGGAGAGUCUCCAUGGCAGAGCCUCUGGGAACAGAAUCCUGAUGUCCUGGAAGCCUGGAAGGAUGGGGUGAAGUCUCGGAGAAGGAGAACAGUACUCACCCAGAAGCACAAGAAGAAGCACUCGGUACUGCAUCUUGUUCCAAUUAACAUUACCUCCAAGGCAGACUCUGACGUGACAGAGGUGAUGUGGCAACCAGCUCUUAGGCGUGGGAGAGGCCUGGAGGCCCAAGAAGACAUUGUCCGAGUCCAGGACACUGGAAUUUAUCUGCUAUAUAGCCAGGUCCUGUUUCAUGAUGUGACUUUCACGAUGGGUCAGGUGGUGUCUCGGGAAGGCCGAGGGAGAAGGGAGACUCUAUUCCGAUGUAUCAGAAGUAUGCCUUCUGACCCUGACCGUGCCUACGAUAGCUGCUACAGUGCAGGUGUCUUUCAUUUACAUCAAGGGGAUAUUAUCACUGUCAAAAUUCCACGGGCAAACGCAAAACUUAGCCUUUCUCCGCAUGGAACAUUCCUGGGGUUUGUGAAACUAUGAUUGUGCUAUGGGGGGGGGGGAGGGGGAGUACCAUUCCAAGAUCUGGCUAGACAAAGGACAAGCCCAGCUCUCCUUGGUUUUCACGACUUGACCAUGGUUCCCCCCUUUGCCUUUCCCGCUCACACUCUCUGGGCUUUGACUCCAUAGAUAUUAAAAAAGUAGAAUAUUUUGUGUUUCUCUUCCA